AUGGCUAGCAAGAGCAAGAUUUACUUUGUAUUGGAGUAUGCUAAAGGUGGUGAGCUGUUCAACAAAAUAUCAAAGGGAAAGUUCAGCGAGGAUGUCGCGAGGAGGUACUUCCACCAACUGAUUAGUGCCGUGGACUACUGCCACAGCCGAGGUGUUUACCAUCGUGACUUGAAGCCGGAAAACCUACUUCUAGAUGAGAAUGAGAACCUUAAAGUCUCUGAUUUCGGUCUAAGUGCCCUAGCUGAAUCCAAAAGGCACGAUGGCCUCCUACAUACCACCUGUGGAACUCCUGCCUAUGUUGCUCCUGAAGUGCUUAGUAGGAGAGGCUACGAUGGCACAAAGGCGGACAUAUGGUCUUGUGGAGUAAUUCUUUUUGUGCUUGUGGCUGGUUACCUGCCUUUCCAUGACCCAAAUCUUAUUGAGAUGUAUAGGAAGAUCUCCAAAGCUGAAUACAGAUGUCCUCGUUCCUUUUCUGGUGAAUUGAAGGACCUGCUUUUUAGAAUGCUUGAUCCAGAUCCAAGUACUAGAAUAUCUAUUUCAAGGAUAAAGAGAAGCACUUGGUACAGAAGACCUAUUGAGGUAAAUGCAGCAAGGAUCAAGCAUGACACAACAAGAGACAAGGUGUGCAACAGUGAAGCCACAACCUCUAACUCAAUAGAAUGCAGUAAUCCAGAGGAAAAUCAAGGGUCGUCGAGCCUCCCUAACCUGAAUGCAUUUGACAUCAUUUCUCUUUCGACUGGAUUUGACCUGUCUAAUUUGUUCGAAGAAAAAUAUGGCCGGAGGGAAGAGAGAUUCACCACAAGGCAGCCAGCAGGAACAGUCUUUGCUAAGCUAAAUGAACUGGCUGAGCGGUUAAAUCUCAAAAUUAAGAAGAAAGAAAAUGGGGUUUUGAAACUGGCUGCACCAAAGGAAGGAAUAAAGGGAUUUCUGGAGCUUGAUGCAGAGAUUUUUGAGCUUGCUCCUUCUUUCCUUCUAGUCGAGUUGAAGAAGACCAAUGGUGACACCAUAGAGUAUCAAAGGCUCGUGAAAGAAGAAAUAAGGCCUGCACUUAAGGAUAUGGUCUGGGCAUGGCAGAGCGACCGGCACCAGCAGCGCGAGCAGUCUGUGCAAGGAGAGCCGCAGCAGCUGUCACCUUUGCCACCACAGCAGUAG